CCGUCGCUCUCCCACCCGCAUCCCAUCGCGACCCAACCCCGCGCCCCGGACGGAGCCCUGGUGCCGCGCGUCUCCACUGAUCCGCGCGGGCUCGCCCGGCGCGCCGGCCCCGGCCCCGGCCGGCCGGGUGAGCUAGCGAGCGAGCUGCAUGGAUCCCCCGGGGCCAGCCGGGCCGUCGUCCUCGGCGCCGGGCGGCGACGCGCAGGCGGCGCAGCACCAUGUGCAGCCGCUGGCCCAGGCGCAGCCGCAGCAGCAGGUCGCGCCGGCGCCCGCGCCGCCGCCGCCGCAGCUGAGCAGGUACGAGUCGCAGAAGCGGCGGGACUGGAACACGUUCCUGCAGUACCUGCGGAACCACCGCCCGCCGCUGACGCUGGCGCGGUGCAGCGGCGCGCACGUCAUCGAGUUCCUCAAGUACCUGGACCAGUUCGGCAAGACCAAGGUGCAUGCCGCCGGGUGCGCCUACUUCGGCCAGCCCAGCCCGCCGGCGCCCUGCCCGUGCCCGCUGCGCCAGGCGUGGGGCUCCCUCGACGCGCUCAUCGGCCGCCUCCGCGCCGCCUACGAGGAGAGCGGCCACCCGCCCGAGUCCAACCCCUUCGCGGCGCGCGCCGUGCGGAUCUACCUCCGCGAGGUCCGCGACUCGCAGGCCAAGGCGCGGGGAAUACCCUACGAGAAGAAGAACCGCAAGCGCAAGCAGCCCGCGCCGCCGGCUCCAGGGGAGGCGGCGUCGGCGUCGUCAUCGGCCGCCGCGGCGGCACGGGAGGAGGCUGCCGCCGCCGCGAGCGGCGGUGACGGGUCCAGUGGAAGCGCGGCGGCGGUAGCUGCACCGACGUCUAGCCAGGCGGGAGGGAGUGGCGGUACUACGGCUGCUGCACCGGCCAGCAAAUCCCGAGCAAGUAACAUGGGGUCUGCUGUACGGAGGCACUACUUCCAUUAGUAAUCCGGCGUAGGCUGCCUGUCACUGUGGUUGCUAGUGAGGAAGUGCACAAAGCUUUGCCAAUGCUUCCACAUCCCGCUGCUAUUUUCUCUUUCAGAACCUGCAAUGUGUGCAGGGUGUGGUGCAAACAGUACAUGAGGUACUGUGUCUACUGUGUGUUGGGGCCAGCAUGGGAUAUGCUUGGUAGCAGAAGGUAGAAGAGAGUCUGCAUGGCGAUGAAAGAAAUUUCUGUGCAAGAAUAUAAUAUAAUCCAUGGCGAUGGACCCAACACCUGCAUGCAAUGCUACUACUACAAGAAAUGUUACCGUUUUAUUUUCUUUUCUUUUCAUGAAUUCAAGGGGGAGCCAGUGUGCGCCGACCCUACACCUAUAUAUCAUGAUGCUUCUUGUUCAGUUCAUGAGUUCAGGUGACAAUAGGAACUGUGCGUGAUUUGGAGCCUUAAUAAUUAGGCUAUUGCAACCACUUGAUUAUUCCUGAUGAGCUGAUUGGAUGGUGCUGUUAGAUUGCUUUAUGUUAAUUUAUUCUGAUGUUGCUUGGAGAUGCAGGUGACUGUAGGACAGGAUCGUAUCUGGUUAUUCUAUUGUAAGAUGAUACCAAGGGGUAUUUUAUAUUUAUUGUUGUUCUAAGGAUCAACUAAUAAAUCGUGACCCCUCUAGUCUGGUGUUUGUUCGACAUCCUAGAAUCUGUGCCAUAAAACUAUUUCUAAAUUUGACUACUAAUGCAUUGAAAAUGAAACUAUAGAGAUUAUCAUAUAUUAGGACAAGAUUACAUGGUUUGUCUUUCAAAUGCAACAUAAAAGCAUAUAUAGUGUCAUUAGCAUAUUUGAAGAGAACACAGAUUGAAAGAAGUAAACAUCUACAUACUCUCAAACAAGGAGGGAGUAAUAUUUCCGAUCCUUCAAAAAUUUGUAUAAAUACCUAUCUUUUGUUAGUUCAUCUAUCAUUUUAGCAGUGCACAAAAGUUUAUGUGUAGCAAAAAAGGGCACAUGUUAAAUGGAUCUUAAUUUAACGUGAAGUUGAAACUUCAAUUAUUAAUUAGACCGGUUGAUUUGGGAACAAAAUGUGCUUUGUGAUGUUCUUCUAGUAACAUUUUGUUCUUAGAGUUUUGCAAAAUACUUUUGAUUGCAAAUGAGACACUGAGAGCCAAAAUAGCAUGCAAAAUUAUGCUGCAUCAUUGGUGACCACAAUUCCAUUACUUUUUUGUUUACAGUAAACCACCGCACCUGUAUGUGCAAUCCAACUGGCAAUGCUUAUGUACUCCAUUAUGCUGGUGAUUUCUACUUCAAGCUAUCUAGUGGUUCAUUAGCCCUAUUGUUUCCCCCUAAGAUUUGACAGAGAUGUGUAAUCCAAAAUAUUAUGCGUGGUCAGAACUUAUUGGUGGUACUGCUUCAUAUCAUAUUAUCAUAUAUAUAUUGCCCUUCA